AUCUUUGGAAAGUAAGCAGUUUAACUGUACACCUCAGCAGCGAGUGUUUAUUCACGAAAAUUUUACAAAAAAAAAAUGUUGAAAUACGUUUUGCUUGUAGUAUUUUUUAUGUGUUUCACAUGGCAUAAUUUACAAGCAGAAAGUGACUCCGAAAUCUCGAAUUCGGAUUUAAUAUUUCCAAACAUCUCCAUUCAGGCAUUGGAUGAGCCCAACUAUCGCGCGUUCCCAGCACAACAAAAUGAGAAAAUGUUCGUAGUGUUGGCUUAUUCACAAGCAAACUGGUUUAAAGCUCAGGAGAUAUGUGGCUAUCAAGGACUCUCGUUGGCCAGCAUAAAUUCGAAAGCAGAAAAUGAUGCGCUGCUAAGUUAUUUAACACAAACUGGGCUCAAUGCGAAUGAUGAGUACUUUUGGACUGCCGGUUCUAGACUUGCCGAUAACAACCGUUGGGUUUGGUUCAAUACAGGUCGUCCAAUCUCCUAUUUUAAUUGGCAUGUAGGUGAACCUAAUAAUGCGGCAGGUCAGGAAAACUGUAUCUCAUUAUCAUCCGAUGGGCGAUGGCAUGAUUGGGGUUGCACAGGCGAACUUUACUUCAUUUGCGAAACGCGCUGUCCAUUGACAAGUUAUGAUUCGCCGAUUUUUACUCGAAAAUGAAGAGGUGGUGAUAAUACGAGUUUUAUACCACGUAUUCUUAUAUAAAUAGUUGAAGUUCGCUUUUAUUAAUUUGUAUCCGAAGCUAAAUUCGAAGUCUUAAAGACAUUCAAUAAAGUUUCUGAUGUUGGGAA